CCCACCUGCUCCCACCCAGCACUCCUCUACACAUACUAAGCCUCGCAGCACCGCCUCGCAAUCAUGGUAUCCCAUGCCGCACAUCGACGACAUGAAGAACAUGGAUCUGGGCAGUGGCGUGACAAUCAUCAUCACGUGCGCCGAUCCGCGCGCCAACCCAGCCACCUAUCUCGGCCUGAACCCAGGAGAGUGCCCCACCAUCCGCAACGCAGGCGGCCGCGUCACCCCCGAGGUCUUCACGAGCCUCGAGCUCAUCAGCGCCGUCAUGCCCGUCGGCAUGCUGGUGUUGAUUCACCACACUGACUGCGGCGGCCUGUACGUCACGGACGACGACGUCCGCUCCGCGCUGUCGGAGCGCAACCCGGAGCACAAAGACGGCAUCAAGGACAAGACGUGGCAUUCGUACAAAAACAUCGGAAUGGACCAGAGCAUCAAAGACGACGUGGCGAAGCUGAAGGCGUGGAAGUUUUUGCCCAAGGGCGCGGCGGUGGCGGGGUACGUGAUCGACAUUAAGACGGGGCAGUUGAGGAAUGUGGUCGAGCCGAACUUUUGAGGCGUAGAUUGAGAGGGCAAGUUGGCGGGGUAUAUAGAUGAGAGGUCGCUAUAUGGAAAUG